GGGGCAUUCCGGGGCAUUCCCAUUCUUUUUUGGCUUUGGGGGCACCGUAUGACGUCAUGAAAUUCCUCACCGGCGAUGACACUGGCCUCAUCAAAGUCAUUCACGUGGAGAAGCAGAAGGUGGAACGCUUGGGCGAUCGCCGAAGGGGCGAAGCGGUGCAGCGACUUUGCUGGGCUGGGCCAAACUACUCAGAGGAUGCUGUGGCCGUGGCCUAUGCCUCCGGCGCUUUGGAGCUGAGGGAUGCCGCAGGGCGUGUGGUGAGCAACGCCUCAACUGCCCCGGAUGUAAGGUGCUUGCAGGCCUCUGAUGCCGGUCUCUUGACUGUCUCCAGCGAUGGGACCGCCAGCCUUGUUGCUGCGUGGGGCAAGGAGAGUUCCUUCUCGGAGCAAUCCUAUAGUGGAAGCGCUGAGGCAACCCUGGAGCAAUUUCAGUUGCAGGCGCCCGUGGCACAUGCUGCCGUUGAUCCAAGCAGGCCAUCGCGGUUCGCAUUUGGUGGCUUGGAAAAUGAUGUCAAGAUCUACGAUCUCGAAAGAAAGGAGGUUGUUUGGACCGCCAAGAAUGUCAGAGAGGACUCACUGUGCCUUCGUGUGCCGGUCAAAGUGAGCACGCUCGGAUGGGCAACAAAGAUGUGCCCGUCAAGAUCUUUGAUCACGUGUACCACGACUGAUGGCAAAGUGCGGAUUUACGAUGCGAAUUCUCAGCGGAGGCCGCUCUUCGAGCUGCUCAUCGGCUAUUUGGUCGGAAGCGGUACCGGUGGCUACACUGGAACUAUGGAUGACACGAAAAGGCCCCAACUCUGCAGCAAGGUGGCACAGGUGCGAGGAGACCAGUGGGCCUUGCUGACGGCAGAUACGAUGGGGAUCAUCCGCGAGUAUGAUUUGCGGAACUUGCCCAAGAGCGAAGCUGCUUCGGUGCCACCAGGCCGCAAGGCUCACCUGAAGCUGGCCAACAAGGAGCUGCCGUUCCGACGCGGCUAUAAGGGGACUAUGGGUGCGAUCCGCGAUCUCGAUGUGCAUUGCAGUGGGAAGGCUCUAGCUGCGGUGGGUCUUGGCCGUUUCGCCUAUGUCUUCCCUACUGCGGGCAAGCAGAUGCUUACAAAGGUCUACCUGAAGCAAAAGCUGAACUGUGUCUUGAUGUCAAGUGAGGCAAUGAUAGAGGCAAAGAAGGAGGACUCCAAGCAGGAGGAGGGAGAGGAGGAGCAGGGAGAAGAUGAUGAGGUGGUAGAUGUGCAAGACGACGCGCCAGCAGAGACAGUGGCCGACGAAGUUGAAGAAGGAUUUUCUGACGAUGGUGCAGAGGAGAUGGAUGGUGAGGAGUCGUCCAAAGGACCACCAUGCCGUGGAUGGGGGGUGGCUAACUGAUGGAUAAGGGUUUGGACAAAGUGGAAUGCUUUCCGAGAAUUGGCACGUUAAAAAGAAGUAUGCUGAGGUGCCAGUUUGAAUCCGAUGGAAAUCAGUCUUUGUCAGCUGGUCACGGCUCUGGUGAUAUUAUGUAAUAUUGCUGCAGACAAGUGCGGAGGCAACCACACCCAUUUGCAUGCCUUUAGAUUUGCACCUAGAAGCUUCAGCAUCAAAGGACACACAUGGGAGAGUCAAACGGCUCCAGGUGCAACAAAACCAGCUAUUUCAGCCACACUUUCCUAGCAAAAAACAAGAGACCUACGCAGGCUGCCUCUCUGCGGCCAUGACCAAGUAUGUAUAAACACAUGCUUUUUCGGAACACUCAGCGGCGGUGGAAUGUUCAGAUUCAAACGUUGCAAUGGGACACGCUCCCCAUUUGCUGUAUUUGUAAACUUCCAGGACGAAAGAAGAAACGAAGGAAAUCAUUCUCAAGGACUGCCUGUUGUGUUAAUCAUGAUUUAUAAUCAUCGAAUUCAA